UUAAGUCGCAAUAAAGAUAAUGGUAGUUCCUGUUAUCACAAACUUAUUCAAGAUAUCACUGAUCUAUCAUCCUAUAAUGAAAUAUCUGUAGAAACAUCUAAAGUUUUACCAAUACUUCAUUUUUUAGCAAUAGAAAUAGAAGAAACUAACAAAUUUGACUUUAGAGAAAUUAGCUUCUCUAUUAUUUCUUCUUAUAGGUUAAAAGUAUUAGCUAAAGGUUUAUGA